GCGGCCGCCUCCUCCCUCCGCCCCGUCCCCAGCGCACCCGGGCGCAGGCGGCGGCGGCAGCCUCGGAGGAGCGAGCCCCCGCGUCCGCCCGCCCCGCGCGCUGCAGGCUUGGUGAUACGGCACUUACCAAAUGAAAAGAAUGGUUUGUCAAUACAAGAGAGAGAGCUGGGUGCUCUUGGCAUUUUUAACAGUUGCCGCUCAUUUCAUCAGCUGUGCCCAGAGUCAAGUGGCUCCACCAACAAGACUAAGAUAUAAUGUAGUUACUCCUGACAGUGUACAGAUUUCAUGGAAAGCCCCUAAGGGGCAAUUUAUCGGAUAUAAACUUCUUGUCACUCCAACUUCAGGUGGAAAAACCAAUCAGUUAACUCUUCAAAACAGUGCUACCAAAGCAAUUAUUCAAGGUCUUAUUCCAGAUCAAACAUACUCACUUCAGAUUAUUGCAUUCAGUAAAGACCAGGAGAGCAAGCCAGCCCAAGGCCAAUUUCGAAUUAAAGAUAUAGAGAAAAAGAAGGAAACAUCAAGUAAAUCCAAGGUCAAGGAUAAAGAAAACUUAAACGGGAGUAAACCAUCACCAGCAGAGAGUCAGUUUACCUGUAAAACUCCAGCAAUUGCAGACAUUGUGAUCCUUGUCGAUGGUUCGUGGAGUAUUGGCAGAUUCAAUUUCAGACUUGUUCGGCUGUUCCUGGAAAACCUGGUUACUGCUUUCAACGUGGGCUCUGAGAAAACAAGAAUAGGUCUUGCGCAAUACAGUGGUGACCCCCGAAUUGAAUGGCAUCUGAAUACAUACCGGACAAAGGAGGCUGUUUUGGAUGCAGUCCGUAAUCUGCCCUAUAAAGGAGGCAAUACAUUAACAGGUCUUGCCUUAACUUACAUUUUGGAGAACAGCUUUAAGCCUGAGGCAGGUGCAAGGUCAGGGGUGUCCAAAAUUGGUAUAUUGAUCACAGAUGGAAAGUCUCAAGAUGAUGUUAUUCCACCUGCUAAAAAUCUACGUGAUGCUGGUAUUGAACUAUUUGCUAUUGGUGUGAAGAAUGCAGAUGUAAAUGAACUCAGAGAGAUUGCCUCUGAACCUGACAGUACUCAUGUCUACAACGUUGCUGAUUUUAACUUCAUGCAUACCAUUGUAGAAGGUCUUACAAGAACUGUGUGUUCAAGAGUGGAGGAACAGGAGAAGGAAAUCAAAGCUCUAGGAACAUCUGUUACCACACUUGGAGCUCCAACAGAGUUGGUCACAUCUGAGCUAACAGCCAGAGGAUUUCGUGUUAGCUGGACCCAUGCACCAGGCAAAGUGGAGAAAUACAGAGUUGUGUAUUAUCCCACAAGAGGAGGACAGCCAGAAGAGGUGGUGGUAGAUGGAAAUGUAUCAACAGCAGUUCUGAAAAACCUGAUGUCUUUAACAGAGUAUCAGAUAGCUGUGUUUGCUAUAUAUUCAAAUGCUGCAAGUGAAGGACUCCGUGGCACGGAAACUACACUUGCUUUGCCAAUGGCAUCUGAUCUACAGCUGUAUGAUGUGUCUCACAGCAGCAUAAAGGCAAAAUGGAAUGGAGUUGCAGGUGCUACGGGUUACAUGAUCCUAUAUGCUCCUCUCACAGAAGGGCUGGCAGCAGAUGAAAAGGAGAUUAAAUUGGGAGAGGCCUUGACGGAUAUUGAGCUGGAUGGAUUAUUGCCUAACACAGAAUAUACAGUCACAGUUUAUGCCAUGUUUGGAGAAGAAGCUAGUGACCCCCUUACAGGGCAAGAAACAACAUUGCCCUUAAGUCCACCAAGGAACUUGAGAUUUUCAGACAUUGGACACAGCACUGCAAGGAUAACGUGGGAUCCUGCUUCUAAACACGUAAAUGGUUAUCGUAUUAUGUAUGUUAAAACAGAUGGAGCAGAAACCAAUGAGGUGGAAGUUGAUCGCGUUUCAGCACACACUCUGCAAAGUCUGACGUCUCUUACAGAAUAUACUGUUGCCAUUUUCUCCCUGUAUGAUGAAGGACAGUCUGAGCCACUCACUGGCAGCUUUACUACAAAAAAAGUUCCAACCCCUCGGUACUUGGAAGUAAAUGAAGUAACAACAGAUAGUUUCCGAGUCAGCUGGAAGCCCACCUCCUCUGAUGUAGCACUGUACAGAUUGGCCUGGAUUCCCCUUGAUGGAGGUGAAUCUGAAGAGGUUGUCAUAAAUGGAGACAAGGACACACACCUUAUUGAGGGUUUGUUACCCAAUACAGAGUAUGAAGUUUCUUUGCUGGCAGUUUUCAGUGAUGAAAGUGAAAGUGAUGUUGUUGCUGUUCUUGGAACGACACUUGCAAUUGCUACUACAGUACCUACUACCAUUACUACUGCCAGUACUACAGCAUCCAAGCCCACAACAGCAGUGUUUCGAACUGGAAUCAGAAACCUCAUUAUAGAUGAUGAAACUACCUCCAGCCUGAGGGUGAAUUGGGAUAUUUCUGACUAUAAUGUUCGCCAGUUCCGAGUGACUUACCUUGCUGCCAACAGUGAUCGAGCAGAGGAAGCGGUAAUGGUACCUGGAAGACAAAACCAUAUUCUUCUUCAGCCUUUGCUCUCAGAUACUGAAUAUAAAGUUACUGUUACUCCUGUAUAUUCUGAUGGGGAAGGAGUCAGUGUCUCCACUCCUGGCAAGACCCUGCCUCUCUCUGCCCCCAGAAAUUUAAGAGUCUCAGAUGAAUGGUACAACCGAUUACGCAUUAGCUGGGAUGCCCCUCCCUCCCCAACAAUGGGUUACAGGAUUGUCUACAAACCUAUCAACAUCCCUGGACCAGCAUUGGAGACCUUUGUAGGAGAUGAUAUCAACACCAUUCUGAUUUUAAAUCUAUUCAGUGGAACAGAGUACAGUGUUAAAGUAUUUGCUUCAUAUUCAACAGGCUUCAGUGAUGCCCUGUCAGGCAUAGCCAAAACCUUGCCCUUGAGUGUGACCAAUCUGGAUGCUUAUCAGGUCCGCAUGACUAGUCUUUGUGCCCAGUGGCAGCUUCACAGACAUGCCACGGCAUACAGGAUCAUUAUAGAGUCUCUUGUGGAUGGGAAAAAGAGAGAAGUAACCCUUGGUGGAGGGACCCCUCGACACUGCUUCUUUGAGCUCACACCUGACACAGAGUAUAAAAUCAGCAUCUAUACACAGCUUCACGAGCUAGAGGGGCCUGGCAUAAGCAUAAUGGAAACAACAUUGCCAUUGCCAACUCAACCACCAACUUCUCCUUCAACAACACCUCCCCCACCUACAAUUCCUCCUGCAAAAGAAGUGUGUAAAGCUGCCAAAGCUGACCUGGUGUUCUUGGUGGAUGGGUCAUGGAGCAUUGGGGAUGACAAUUUCAACAAAAUAAUCAGCUUUCUGUAUAGCACUGUUGGAGCUUUGGACAAGAUUGGUCCUGAUGGAACUCAGGUUGCAAUAGCACAGUUCAGUGAUGAUCCCAGGACAGAAUUUAAACUGAAUGCCUACAAAGCAAAAGAAACUCUUCUUGAGGCCAUUCAGCAGAUAGCAUAUAAGGGAGGAAAUACCAAAACAGGCAAAGCAAUUAAGCAUGCACGGGAAGCUUUGUUUACCCUUGAUUCAGGCAUAAGAAGGGGCAUCCCAAAGGUUCUGGUGGUUAUUACUGAUGGACGAUCACAAGAUGAUGUGAACAAAAUUUCCAGAGAUAUGCAGCUAGAUGGUUUCAGCAUUUUUGCUAUUGGUGUGGCAGAUGCUGACUAUUCAGAGUUAGUUAAUAUUGGCAGCAAGCCCAGUGAAAGACAUGUCUUCUUUGUGGAUGAUUUUGAUGCCUUUAAGAAGAUUGAAGAUGAGUUGAUCACUUUUGUUUGUGAAACUGCAUCAGCAACUUGCCCGUUGGUGUAUAAGGAUGGCAGUAGUUUUUCAGGAUUUAAAAUGAUGGAAAUGUUUGGUUUGGUUGAAAAGGAAUUUUCAACAGUGGACGGGGUUUCCAUGGAACCUGGUACAUUUAAUGCUUACCCGUGUUACAGACUGCAUAAAGAUGCAUUGGUUUCCCAGCCUACCAAAUACCUGCAUCCGGAGGGGCUUCCUUCAGACUAUACUAUUACUUUUCUAUUCCGAGUACUCCCUGACACACCCCAGGAACCAUUUGCUCUUUGGGAAAUUUUAAAUGAAGAAUAUGAGCCACUGGUGGGAGUUAUUUUAGACAAUGGUGGCAAAACUCUGACAUUCUUUAACUAUGACUAUAAAGGGGAUUUUCAAACUGGUACUUUUGAAGGGCCAGAAAUAAGGAAAAUAUUUUAUGGAAGUUUCCAUAAGUUGCAUGUUGUUAUUAGCAAGACAACAGCCAAAAUAAUUAUUGACUGCAAGCUAGUGAGUGAGAAGACAAUUAAUGCAUCAGGGAAUAUUACUUCUGAUGGGGUAGAAGUUCUGGGGAGAAUGGUCAGAUCCAGGGGCCCAAGAGACAAUUCUGCACCAUUCCAGUUACAGAUGUUUGACAUUGCUUGUACUACCUCAUGGGCCAAUAGAGACAAAUGCUGUGAAAUUCCUGCCUUGAGAGAUGAGGAAAAUUGCCCAGCUCUUCCUCAUGCCUGUUCCUGUUCUGAAGUCAGCAAAGGACCACUUGGACCUCCUGGACCCCCGGGUGGUCCAGGGGUUCGAGGACCAAAGGGCCAACGUGGUGAUCCAGGUCCAAAGGGCCCAGAUGGCCCACGUGGUGAAACUGGUACUCCAGGACCUCAAGGGCCUCCAGGACCUCAAGGACCAAGUGGACUUUCUAUUCAGGGGAUUCCAGGACCAUCAGGAGAAAAAGGAGAGAAGGGAGAUCUUGGCCCCCCUGGCUUACAGGGCGUCCCAGGAGCGUCAGGAUCACCUGGACGGGAUGGAACUCAAGGUCAAAGGGGCCUGCCUGGCAAAGAUGGACCCAUGGGAUCACAAGGUCCUCCUGGGCCAGUGGGAAUACCUGGUGCUCCAGGUGCUCCAGGUAUUACUGGAAGCCCCGGGCCUCAAGGUGAUGUUGGACCUCCUGGUGUUCCAGGUACAAAGGGUGAGAGGGGUGAACGGGGCGAUGUUCAAUCCCAUGCCAUGGUGCGUGCAGUUGCUCGUCAAGUAUGUGAACAGCUUAUCCAAGGUCACAUGGCCAGGUAUAAUUCAAUCCUGAACCAGGUUCCAAGUCACACUCUGUCAACAAGAACUGUUCCAGGACCUCCUGGUGAGCCAGGCCGCCCAGGAUCUCCUGGGCCACCGGGAGAACAAGGAUCACCAGGAAGACCAGGAUUUCCAGGAAAUCCUGGCCAGCCAGGAAGACCAGGAGAAAGAGGUUUGCCAGGCGAGAGGGGAGAGAAAGGCAGUACAGGGGUUGGAACACAAGGACCCAGAGGCCCGCCAGGGCCUGCAGGACCCUCAGGUGAAAGCCGAACCGGAAGCCCAGGCCCACCAGGCUCCCCAGGUCCACGAGGACCAGCUGGGCAUACAGGUUCCCCUGGGCCACAGGGUUCUUCAGGUCCACCUGGAUACUGUGAUCCUUCUUCCUGUGCUGGUUACGGUGUGGGAGGUGGAUACAGUGAUCCAACUGAUCAAGACAUACCUGUAGUGCAAUUGCCACAUAACUCCUACCAAAUCUAUGACCCUGAGGAUCUUUACAAUGGUGAGCAACAGCCGUAUGUAGUUCAUGGGUCCUACCCUGUACCAGCACCAUACUCCCAGGCCUAUCCAGAACCUCAUCUUGCUCAACCAGAAUUUACUCCGGUUCGGGAAGAGAUGGAAGCUGUUGAAUUGAGAUCCCCAGGAAUUAGCCGCUUCCCCAGGAAAAUAUCUAAAAGAAGUAUGAACUUUCCAGCACGCAAGAGGGAAAUUGGAAAAAAGAACUCUUAAUGAACUGUUAACAGGAAGUAUUUUAUAUGCAUAAUUUUUUUUAGGCUUUUGUCCUGUUGCUUAACUCUUCAUCAUGGAAAAUGUUUACAGGCUCAUAUGUUAAAAGAUAAAAAAUGUACCUGAUCACUGUCACAACAAAUAAUGGUAAUUAUGUUGCAUGCCUGAAACUUAGUAUUUUAGUGGGUUGGUGCUAGAAGAUGAAAAGGUCAUUUGUAGGCCUUUGAGUCUGUUGCCUACUGUUUGAAAUGCUAGUCAAACUGUAUCUGAAACUAUGCAUCAGGCUAAUUGGUUUAAUUUGGACAACUGAGAAAAGUUGAUUUUACAUUUUCUUGUCCAUGUUGUUCCACACAAAAUUGCUGUGCUAAUACUUUGAGAAUCUCCAUUGCUUGCAGAGUAACUCUACUAAAUCCAUCUUUGAAGAGACUGCAUAUUCAGGUUUCCUUAACCCAGCUGUUACCCAUUUGCAAAGCAGUUAGUGGGAUCCUUCCCUUAGUACCGACAUAAAAUACGCAAUGUUCUAUGGGAAUACAUUGAUAAUUUAUUGUGAACCUAUUUCAAUUCUGUUUUGUAUGCAAAUAAAAAGUUGCAGGCUUUUAUAAGUAAA